AAACACGGGGCACAAACUUUACGGCAACCUGAGGAUUCCGAGCGCCAUGCCGUGCGCGCGCCAUUCAGAAUGCAGCGUGCACGCGCUCGUCGUCGACCGGGAGUCGAAAAAAUGGUGGCCAGCGACCGAGUACAGAAGCUGCUCCGGCGAUACAAACUCGCCAUUGCCGCCGCACUGACCAUCCUGCUGGUCCAGGGGCUCGUGGUGUGGAGCCUGAGGAGUCUGGAAGAGGGCGAGGCCGAGAGAAAAACCCGCCGGUCUAAGCUGCCGGACCCCAACAGCCAGGACCUUAAAAGAGACUCCUCAGUUUGGGAGAAACCAAACGCUUUGCCGGGGAGGAACCGCGGGAGGUGGAGCGGCCGGUCGGAGAGGACGGGGGGCACGGCGGCCAGCGCGCUGAGGAGAGGGUCCAGCCGCAAAGUCGAAAAGCCCGGCGUCCGGCUGAAGUCCACCCUGGGGCUGGUGCAGGACGGCGCCGUCCUCCACGAUCCGUCCAGCAGCCGGAACUUCAGCGACACCCGAGGGGGAGCCGACGGCGCGGCCAAGCCGCUGACCGGCGGCGCACCGGGGGAGACGGGCAGCGUGGACGGGGCGCACCAAGCCCCCAGCAGCGGCUUCGUGCCUAAAUGCAACAUCGGCGGCAAGGACGCGCUGUCGGCCAUCCAUCGCGCCGGGUCGCAGCAGUGCCGACAGGAGAUCGCCAACAUCGUGUGUCAGCAUCAGGCCGGGAAGCUCAUGCCGGGCGCGCUCCCCCAGUUCUGCCCACAGCUCGCCGUAUCGAAUCAGGCGCAGGCCUUCGGCGAGCUGGACAACAGCCUGACCAAAGUGAAGAACCCGGUCCGAGUGGCUUUCGUCCUGAUGGUCCACGGCCGAGCUGUGCGGCAGCUCAAGCGGCUCAUCAAAGCCAUAUACCACCGUGACCACUACUACUACAUCCACGUGGACCAGCGGUCCGGCUACCUGCACCGGGAGGUCCUGCAGAUAGCCCAGCAGUACCCGAACAUACGAGCCACGCCCUGGCGGAUGGUCACCAUCUGGGGAGGGGCCAGCCUCCUGAAGGCCUACCUACGCAGCAUGCAGGACCUGCUCUCCAUGCUGGACUGGAAGUGGGACUUUUUCAUCAAUCUCAGCGCCACAGACUUCCCCACGAGGACCAACGAUGAACUGGUGUCGUUCCUGUCGCAGCAAAGAGACAAGAACUUCCUGAAGUCCCACGGGAGAGAAAACGCCCGGUUUAUUAAGAAGCAAGGCCUCGACCGCCUCUUCCACGAGUGCGACAACCACAUGUGGCGUCUCGGCGAGCGCAGCAUCCCCGAAGGCCUCGACGUCUCCGGCGGCUCCGAUUGGUUCGCGCUCACCCGCCGCUUCGUGGAGUACGUCAUCGGCUCCCAGGAUCCCCUGGUGUCGGGGCUGAAGCAGUUCUAUUCCUACGCGCUGCUCCCCGCCGAGUCCUUCUUCCACACGGUGCUCGGGAACAGUCACAUGUGUGACACGCUGGUGGACAACAACCUGCGAGUCACCAACUGGAACCGCAAGCUGGGCUGUAAAUGCCAGUACAAGCACAUCGUGGACUGGUGCGGCUGCUCCCCCAACGACUUCAAACCGCAAGACCUCAUCCGGAUCCAGCAAUUGACCCGUCCGACAUUCUUUGCACGCAAGUUUGAGUCGGCAGUGAACCAGGAGGCCAUAGACAUUCUGGACACUCACCUGUACGGCCAGUACGCCCCGGGCACCGUCGCCGUCAAGGCGUACUGGGAGAGUCUGUUCGAGAGGUCGGAUGGCGUCGGCUCGCUCGCCGACGCGGCGCUCACCGCGUACAGCGCUUUCUCUCGUCUGGGCUUGAGGAAUCUGGAAAGCACGCAGAGCGGCGUGGAGGCCUGCAGGUUUGAACCAGUCGGCCACCCUCUAUCAGUGCACGUUUACUUUUAUGACGACCGUUUCCAAGGAUAUCUGGUGCGUCAGGAAGUCCAGGCUGUCGGUUCAAAGGUCAAGGAGACGCUGGAGAUGUGGGCAGUGCCCCAAGCCACGCUGGUCCUCGAGACAAACCUGAAGGAGUUUGAGAGGCUCAAGAACCUGGAAAUCGGCACGGAGUGGGACCCCAAAGAGAGAAUCUUCCGGAACUUCGGCGGCGUGAUCGGCCCUCUGAGCGAACCCCUGGCGGUCCAGAAGUGGGCGCGCGGUCCCAACCUCACAGCCACCGUUGUGUGGAUCGACCCGGCUCUCGUGGUGGCCGCCUCCUACGACAUCGCGGUGGACGUGGACGCCGAGUACACCCAGUACAAGCCCGCCCUGCAGCACCCCCUGCGGCCCGGCACCUGGACGGUCCGGGUGCUGAAGCAGUGGCAGCGCGUGGCGGAGGUCCGCUUCCUCGUCAUGCCCUUAACCUUCCGAGAUAAGGAGCCGCUGCGCAGAGAAGAGGACAGCUGGCUCCAUGCGGGUCCUACAAAGAACUUGUACCUGGAGCAGAACUUCCAGCAACUGAGCGCCGUCCUGAAGCUGCCCCCCCCCGAGUCGGCCAUGCAGGAGGCCCAGCGGAGAGCCCAGCUGGUGGGUCGGCCCCUUGAAGCCUGGGUGGACAGCAGCGUUGGGGCCUUCUGGGUCACAGGCGGCCUGUGUGCCACGGAGUCCUCGUCCUGCCCGGCCGUGGGACCCUGCCGCGAGACCUCCUGGAGCUCCCUGUCCCCGGACCCCAAGUCGGAACUGGGCCCGGUCAAAAGCGACGGGCGGAUCAGGUAGCCCCGACAGGAGGAGAGACUGUGGACUGAGAGGGGAGCCGGCGCGCUCCAACAGAACCUGUGUCAGAUCGAGGGCACAUGAACAGGCUGGUGUUCCUGCACCGGGGGGGGGCGGGACGUCCUCAGUGAAGUGGUAAGACAGGCAGGGCGGCACUGCUGGAAAUUUGCACAUAAAUCGGUGGGAUUGUUCGAUGAAAUGGUCCCGACCACGUAUAGUUUUUUUUCCC